GCCACAGCUUCUCUGGGUAACCUGUGCCAGGGCCUCACCACCCUCUUCCUAUUCCUUCCUAUGUAAUCUAGAUCUAAAUAGAUAUUCUAAUCCUAAUCUAGAUAGACAUCCUUCCUCAACACCCUCUUCCAAUUUCUUCCUAUCUAAUCUAGAUCUAUCCCUUGUCCUAUCACUCUGUGACCUUGUAAUAUAAUAAUAUCAUAAAAUAUAUACGUGCAGUCUGGUGGCUCUGCUGACCUGACUCCCAGGGAUGGGCUUUCCCUCUGUCAGGACAAGCCAUCCGGCUGCAGGUAUCCAGGAGCAGCGUGUCCCCCAGAGCAGUGCUUUUGGCUCACUGUUGGAAAGGUUUGGAGGAAUCCUGGGGUAUGGCCGGGCUUUCAGUGGUGACUUUAUAAUACAUGCUGAGCACUUCUGAGCAGGAAAAAGCAAGGAAAACUGCCAGUGAGCCAUUUCUGCCUCCAAGGCAGGGUAAUGUGAGCCCCUGGCACCUCUGCACGUACCAGGGCAUCAGAUGCCCUUCUGAAAGGCCCUUUUGUUACCUGCUGGUGGGUCCAGUGGGGCUUCAGUUACCCCCUUGGCAUUCCUGUGCUCUGUAUCCUGCAUAUCUGGCUGGAUAAACACCCUGGAGAGGUCCCAGCCUGCCCUGGACUGGGCAAGGAGUGUUUGCAAGGGGAGGAGUUGAGCUGCCAUAGAUAAAUCCCCACACUGGGAUGGCUGCUGGAGCUGGAAAGGCGAGACCAAGAGAUGGAUGUGAAGUGUGUGGAGGGAAGGGCAGGUGCCUUAGCAGCCAUCCAAGGGGGCUGAGCAAGCCCCUCCCACCUUGAUCCUGCUCCACUGCCACUGAAAAGCCCAUUUCUGGCCAAAAUUCAGCUUUGUGGAGUGGGAACCUGAGGAGCCAAGUUAUGAAUGUCCCCUCUGUGCUCACAGUCUCCAGGGCCUCUCUGCAGGGGGGUGACCUGGCUCAGAGCUCUCCCUGUGCUGGAUCAGGGGCAGUCAGUGUGUGAAGUCCGUGUUCCCCCUGCUUUCUUAUAGAGAAAAUAAUUCCCUGAUAUGUCUCCUGACUGACAGAGCUGCUUGGGAUGACGGGUCCGUGUUUGACACAGGAAGGUGGGGCAGGAGAGGAGGAAAUUUGCCUGAAGUGGGGUGAAUUUGCCUGAGCCGGUGGCCAAGCGGGAAAAUGCAAAACAAUCCGUACGAGUUAAAAAAAAAUAAAUAUGCAGCUACGCUUAAUAACUAUUUCUUUUUAUAGAACAACUCUGGGAAUUGCUCUUUGAUUAGAGGAGGAAGGUAUCGCUGCCGUGCGCCAGGGCAGAGCUCACAUCCUGCCCGGGGAGGGCAUGUUAGCAGGGCUGCAGCCCCCCUGCCCCGAGCCAUGCUGUGAGGAGGGGACAGCCCGGCCAUCCAGCAGCGGGAAUGAUGGCCCAGUCCCGGGCCAACGGCUCACACUACGCCCUGACAGCCAUCGGGCUGGGGAUGCUCGUCCUCGGCAUCAUCAUGGCUGUCUGGAACCUCGUCCCGGGCUUCGGGCCCCCCGAAAAACCCGCCACCCCCGCUGGGAACAGCAGCAAACCCGACCGUGGCUCCGGGGGCAUCCUGAAGAGCAAGACCUUCUCGGUGGCCUACGUGUUGGUGGGAGCAGGGCUGCUCCUGCUCCUGCUCUCCCUCUGCCUCAGCGUCCGGGACAAGAAGAGGCAGAGCGAGGAAAUCGCCAUCGCCCACGUGCAGCGCCACGUGUCUGUGGAGCCCUCGCAGCAGGAGGACAGCCUUAACUCUCUCCCCUCCAGUCAAGAAGAGGAUGAAGAUGUGUCCUCCCAGUACUACGUCCCCAGCUACGAGGAGGUGAUGAACACGGGCUACUCAGAGCCCAGAGACUCGGACAGGAGCAACAGGCUGAGUGUCUCUCUGCCCUCCUACGAGUCUCUGACGGGGCUGGAUGAGAGCAGCCAGGCUCCAGGAGCUGCAGGCACGGAGCCAGGCACGGAGAGACAGCCCAGCCGGCACAGCUCCCGCCUCAGCAAGCGCCUGAAGCCACUGAAGGUCCGGAGGAUCAAGUCAGAGAAGCUGCACCUGAAGGACAUCAGGCUAAACCUGGACCAGGGGAACAGCACUGUCCCUAUCACGAUAGAGCCCCUCACCCCUCCGCCCAAGUACGAGGAGAUCCAGGACAAAGCGCCGGUGAGCCAGCAAAUGCCUUAAAAGAAAAAAAAAAAAGGAGGGAUCUGUGAUGCUGCUGGGUUGAGGGUUUUUAUAAACCCACCAGGCCAAGAGGGGCUUGGUCUGUGGGUGCAGAAGCAGCCAGGGCUCCCUGGAAGCUGCCAUGUGGAGGAUGUGAUGGGUGUGGUAGCACUGCAGCACAAGGAUGGGACACUUUUUCCCUGGGACUGGGUUUUACAAAAGACUGUGGGGAAAGAAGCCUGAAUGCCACAGGUUCUGCUGCUCUGAAGUAAAUGAAGGCUGGAUGUACCAAAAGUGUCACUUACUGUGUUUGAUACAAGACCACCCAAUGCAUCCUCUCACCUCCUCUGCCUCUCACCUCCAGCAAGACUUUUCCAAGCCACCAAACUGACACUGAAGAAGGAUUUUUCCGAGUGGAAAAGCGAAAUGUUCCCUUUUUUGGGGUGUCUUUUCUUUCUGAGGAAGGGAAAGCGCGUUGCCAGAGCAGCACCACGGCUUUCCCCCCCUCCCAGCUGGGUUGGGCUGGUGGCCCAGCGCCAGCCCUGACUCCUGCCAAGGUCUCUGCUGGCUGGUGGGAAGCAGCUGAAAGGGGCCCCGUGCUCCUUGGGUAGAGGAUGGAUUUCCUGCCUCAGUUGCUUUCCCUGUUGUGUUUUGUGCUCCGUUCGAGGCGAGUGGGUAACUCGGGGGGGUUGGGAGCUGCACCAGUGCCAGGGGUGCAGGGUGAAAACACUGCUGAGCAUCCUGUGCGGGCAGACUGGGGCUGAAUAAAUGUUUUGUACGUUG